AUGCUGCUCCUCCUCUGUCUCCUCGCUUUCAGAGCGUGUGCCAGCGCCUCUAACGCCACUUUCGUUUCCCAGCUCAACGGCACGCUCGCGCACGAUACGCGACAGUUGGGCUGGGCGCUGAAGGCCGCGUACGAGGGCUUGACGUUCUUUGACAACUUCGACUUUUUCUCGGCAGAAGACCCAAACCAUGGGAUGGUGCAGUACGUCCCGCGCGACCAAGCCUUCGGCGACGGCCUGGCGUUUUGGACGCAAAACGGUACGCCCGGCAUCCAAGCUGAGCACUGGAAGCGCUUGCCUGUCGGCGAGAAGCGGCGGAGCGUGCGGAUUGUCAGCAAGAACGCGUUCGCGGGCGGGCUGUUCAUCUUCGACAUGGCCCUGCUGCCACACGGGUGUGGCGUGUGGCCUGCCGUGUGGAUGCUCGGAACAGGAAAUAACUGGCCUUAUGCCGGCGAAAUCGACAUUAUUGAGGGCGUGCACGACCCCCGCCAGAACCAGAUGACGAUCCACACCGCGCCGGGCUGCAUGCUCAGCGGCUCCGGCUCCGCGUACUCCGGCACGCGGCUGAACGAGGACUGCGACUCGUCCGCGGGCAGUGUCGGCUGCUCGAUCCGGAGCGACAGCGAGAUCAGCUACGGCGCGGGCUUCAACCUUGCCGGCGGCGGCGUCUUCGUCUUGCUCUGGGACGGGGCGGGGCUCAAAAUGUGGAACUGGCCGCGCUCCGCCGUCCCACGCGACGUUGUCGCUCGUAACCCCACGCCGUUGGCGUGGGGAAACCCCGUCGCCGUGUUCGACCGCGCGACGUGUGACCCGUACACGUAUUUUCAGGCGCAAGUCAUCAUCAUGAACGUCAAUUUGUGUGGCGACUGGGCGGGAUCCACUUAUGCCGCGUCAGGAUGCCCUGGAACGUGCGUAGAGCGUGUUGCAGACCCAGCCAAUCUCGUCAACACCGUCAUGAUCGUCAACUCGGUCGUCGUGUACCAGCAGACAGACGGGAGAAGCGGCACGAGAGCAGCGGGUACGUUUGACUCCACGGUCGGAGCGAGCGGGCCCAUCAACCCCCUCCGACGUCUGGGGGCAGCCCAGAAGCGGGGGUCCGGAGGUUUAUGGGCGGCUGUGGCGGCUGUGGGCGCGAUCAUUGGCUUUGUCUCGUUCACGGCGAUACCUUUGUUGUAG